AUGAAUAGACAUUGCCACAGACGAGGUAUAUGGUACUUACAUACUUUGUCUGUGCUAUUAGCAUUGACUGAUAGGAUAUCGAUUUAGGCAAGUAUCACACCACAGCGCCAUUGGCGAUAGAAAUUAAAAUAAAAUCAAAACAUAUAGACAAUAUUGCCGUUUUCUCGAAAAUUAUAUAUUUCUUGAAUUGAAUCCCGUGACACUAUUCCAAGCAAACAUACAUAUUGUAUGUACAUACAUACAAUCGUAAUAAAUAAAUGCGAAUUUAGUAGACAUUAUUUAUGAAGUUCUAUCAUCGUGUAGUGUGAUUUUUCACAAAAAUGCAUUGUUUUUUAAAUGGAUCUCUACGAUUGAAUUUUUUCUAUGUUAUUCUAUGUUUUUCUGUGUUAUUCUGAAUAAAAAAAAUAAUUAGAGCAUAAUAUCGAAAACAAAUUCAUAUUUUUUGAAAUGCUUUAAAUUUUAUACAGAAUGCUUUUGAAUGAAAGCAUAAUUCAUUAUUAAUAAGUUUAUAAAUUUAUAAAUUUUAUUUUUAUUCCUAUGAUGUUUAUAUUUGUCAUUUAUUUCUUUUAGAAUGACAAGAUGAAUGUUUGAAUUUAGAUGCAGUGAAAAACAGGAAAAAUUUAAUUUAUGCACUUCCCACUAGUGGGGGUAAAACAUUGGUUGCAGAAAUAUUAUGUUUCAAGAACUUAUAUGUAAGAAACGAAAUGCAUUUGUAUUGCCAUUCGUUGCUAUAGUGCAAGAAAAAGUAAGUAUAAUAUUAUGUUCGCUGUACAAUUUUUAUAAUAAUUAAUUAUAAGAAGUAUAUAUUUAUUUAUAACUUUUAAGUUCGAGCAAUGACACCAUUCGCACUUGAAUUAAAUUUUUUAGUCAAAGAAUAUGCAGCAUCAAAAGAAACUUACCCUCCAAAACAGAUAAAAAAAAAAUAG